AUGUCUGAUCUCCCGUCAAGUAGAGUUACAGCCUCCCGACCAUUUUUGCAUGUCGGUAUUGAUUUUUCAGGCCCGUUCACCAUCGCAGAAGGACGUCGCAAAAAUGCACGGUCACUAAAAUGUUAUUUAUCUGUAUUUGUAUGCAUGGCGGUUAAGACAGUGCAUAUUGAAGUAGUAUCCGAUUUAACGACUGAUGCCUUCUUGGCUGCUUUACAUCGAUUCGUUGCUCGCCGAGGUAAGCCUUCUGACAUUUAUUCCGAUUGCGGAACAAACUUUAAAAGGGCUGACCAGCAAUUACGUAAUGCACAAACCAGAUACACUAACGAUAUACCGUGUAAGUGGAAUUUUAAUCCUCCCGCAGCUCCGCAUUUUGGAGGAAUUUGGGAAGCCACAGUAAAGUCAGCGAAGUAUCAUUUAAAGCGUGUUAUUGGCCCAACGGUUAACAUUUGA